GGACAGGGACAUGGUCCUGUCACACUCGCCUGGGACAUAUUUCAGAGGAGAGGCAUGGCAAAACAGUACGAUAUUCUGUUCAGGCUGCUGAUGCUCGGAGAUUCAGGAGUGGGGAAAACCUCCAUGCUGCGCUCCUUCACAGACAGUGACUUUGAAUCGUCGCAUAUUUCCACCAUUGGGGUUGACUUUAAGAUGAAAACAUUGGAGAUGGAUGGACUUAAAGUGCGAGUGCAGAUAUGGGACACAGCUGGUCAAGAACGUUAUAAGACCAUAACCAAACAGUACUACAGGCGUGCACAGGGUAUAAUUUUCGUCUAUGACAUUACAAAUUAUUCCUCCUUUCAGCACAUUUCAAAGUGGGUUGGUGAUGUAGAAGAGUUUGCUCCACAUCAAGUGCAAAACAUAUUAGUAGGAAACAAGUCUGAUGAACAACUAAAUCGCCAAGUGCCAUUGGAACUUGGAGUUAAGCUAGCCACAUCUUAUGGAAUGGACUUCUUUGAGACCAGUGCUUCUGCAAACCAUAACAUAAAUGAGUCAUUCACACGUGCCACAAAACUGGUGUUACAAGCUCAUAAGUCAGACAUCGACAACCUUAUAGGAUCUCUGGAUGAAUAUUUAGAUAGAGUCGAUUUGCAGGAGGAGUCACCCAGCAGCCCCCAGGCGGAGUGCGGCUCUCAGCGGACAUGUGCCUGUUAACAGAAAAGACACAGUGUCAUUAGAACACUGUGCUCACUUUAACCAGCCAACGUCUACACAGCAAUUACACUGGAACUACGCUGCAAUCUGCAACCUCACCACCAGAGGGACCACAAUGCACAACGACCAUAAGAAUUUCAUGGUGGUUUUACUGUUGCGCCACAAUUAAGUUGUACUUCAUAAUGUAAUGCAGUCCAUUGACUUAAAUGUAGAUAACAAAAAUCAACAUUAACUCAUCAAAUCACCUUAUUAUUAUUAUGGAUGCUGAGCUGGACAGAAGUACACUAGAUACGUGGAUGUUAAUUAUUUAAAGACAGAAACUCGAUUCUAAGCAUUGUUGUUUUAUUGCUGUGUGGAUUUUUCCUUAAUGCUGUUAUGCCAUGUUCUCUGGUUUUUCUAAAUGUGUGAGGGUGAGAAUGGAUGUUCAAACCGCUAAUGUUACUUUGUGUGGACUAUAGUUAUUUGCCACAGAUAAUGUAUUUUAAAAAUGUUUACAAUGCACCUAUUAUUGAUUAUUUUAAAAGAUGAAUAAACUGAUAUUUUUCUU